AUGUUUUCAUGUUGUUGUUAUUGUCAACAAAAACAACAACAAGAAAAUCAUUUUAUAAUUCGUACCAUCGAAAAAUUACCUGUUCAUACAGAAGUUAUUAAUCUUCGACGACUUCUAUUAUCAAACAAUACCACUGAUAGUAUUACUGCUGAUUUUAGUUUGGCUAAACGCGACGAAUUUCCUUAUAUGUUUUUCAUUAUUAAUCAUUCAUCACAAGGAAUAUUAACAAUACGCAAAGAAAUAGAUCGCGAUGAAUUAUGUCGUUUACGUCGUUGUCGUUGUGAUACCUGGUGUGAUUUAGAACUGGAAAUAUUUAUUAAUAUUGAUAAAUAUAAUCUUGAAUACAUAACUAUACGUAUACUAGAUAAAAAUGAUCAUAGUCCACAAUUUUCAAGUUUGAAUAAUCAAUUGAAUUUAACGAUCGUUGAAAGUGCACCCAUUGGAGCUUCGAUUAAACUUGAACCAGCUAUUGACUAUGAUCAAGGACAAAACGGAAUUAUUGGUUACUCAUUGGUAUCAUCGAGUCCUCUUCCAUUUUCUCUACAUUAUGAUCUAAUUCGGAAUGAUUUGAGCCUUGUUGUUGAAAAACAUCUCGAUCGAGAAUUCAUAUCGUCCUAUAAUUUUGAUAUUAUUGCCUACGAUGGUGACAAUCAUACAGGGCUAUUACAUAUUUAUAUCAAUGUCGAUGAUAUUAAUGAUUCAGCACCGAAAUUCAAUCGAUCAACAUAUACAAUAAAUAAUGUGAGCGAGAAUAUUCCUAUUGGAUCGAUUAUUAUUCGAGUACAUGCUACGGAUGAUGAUGAAGGUGUCAAUGCUGAACUAACAUAUCAUUUAAUAAAUCAAGAAAAUUGCUUUGAAAUCGAUCCAAUAACUGGUGAUGUACGUGUUAUAUGUUUAUUAGAUUAUGAAAUCAAAACAACAUAUCAGCUAGAAAUCGAAGCUAUAGAUGCAGGUGAAGGAUCAAAAACUGAUUUUUGCACAUUAAUAAUUCAUUUAAUGGAUGAAAAUGACAAUUAUCCAGUUAUUGAUUUUUAUCCGAAUGAUAUUGAAAUGAAUGUUAAUACAUUGAAAUUAUUUUUAAAUGAAUCACUAUCAAUUAAUUCGUUAAUAUUAUCUUUGUCCGUUAUGGAUCUUGAUUCUGGUGACAAUGGACGUGUGACAUGGAAACUUGAUGGAUCAUCAUCGAUGCCCUUUCAAUUAAUUCGUUUAACUGAAAAUACAGGUGAAUUACGUACAAAAAAUUUACUCGAUCGAGAAUAUAUUUCGGAAUAUUAUUUUACACUCGAAGCAACUGACCAUGGAAAACCAAAACCAAAAGCAACCUAUUUACGUAUACAUAUUAUUGUCCUCGAUGAUAAUGAUAAUAUACCAAAAUUCCGACAAGAAAAUAUUCAUGCUAAAAUAAGUGAACAUACGAAAAUAAGCAGUCCGAAUGGCUAUGAAAUCUAUCGUGUUCAAGCUGAUGACUUUGAUUUAGAUCAAAAUGGAGAAAUUGUUUAUUCAAUUCUCAAUGAAAAUAAUCAUACUAAUCUAUUUCAUAUUGAUCCACAAACAGGAGUUAUUCGAGCUUUGGUAGAAUUCGAUCGACAACAACAAGAUACGUAUUUGUUAAAUAUUCAAGCCAGAGAUAAAGGCUCAUCGCCGUUAUCAUCUGAUACAACAAUAACAUUUACUAUUGUUCCUCUUAAUGAACAUUCGCCUAUAUGCGAUAUUGACAAUAAAAAUUUGUCAUUAUCAAUAAUCGAAAACAGUAAAGAAGGCACAAUCAUCGGCACCAUAUCAUGCCGAGAUGAUGAUAAAGAUGAAAACAAUGGACAGAUCAGUGUAGCAUCACGAUGGUGGCCAGAUGAAAAGGAAGAUAACAAAAUUAAAUCUAAUAUUCCAUUUGAAAUCAUCAUUCAGAAAAGUAAUUUAUCGGAGUCGACUAUUCAAGUUAUGAUUAUGGUCAAUGGUUUAAUAGAUCGCGAAUUAAUAUCUUCGUAUCCAUUGCUACUAAUUGUAUCCGAUCAUGGCAAUCCGCCAAAAUCAACCAACGUAUCCUUGUUAAUUGAAGUUCUCGAUGAAAAUGAUAAUUGUCCACAAUUACACAUUGAAACAACAUUUCUAAUGAUUAAUCGUGAUAUAACAAAAAAGAAAUUUCUAAUGCAUCUCAUCGCAUCCGAUAAUGAUCAAGAUGCAAAUGGAGAAAUCACGUUUGAAUUAUCACCAUCAACGUCACCGUCAUUUGUCGUUUUACAUUCAAAUGGAACUUUAGUGGUACAAACAAGCUCAAAUUUAAUUCAAGAUGAUUCAUUGGUUAACCUUCAUGUACAAAUACGUGAUCAUGGCGAGCCUAUCCCAUGUCUUAUUGUUGAAACGUUACGUUUAUUUAUUGGCUCAAAUCGAACAGAUUGGUUCAAUGUUUUGAAAAAAUACAAUAGUUACGAUGAAGCAUCACUGCGUCUUGCAACAGAACAAGUUCAGCAAGGUAAACGUAUGGUCCAUUCAUUUUCUACUCAAUCAACAUCUGGAUCUUUCCUACCGAAAAAUUCAUUAUACAUAACUUCAUUGAAAACUCGUAAACAAAUAUUUACAAUAUUUAUUGGCUCAUCUAUACUUAUAUUUAUUGUUAUAAUAACAAUAAUUUUAUGUUUUGCCGAUCGUUUACAUAAGAAAAUUAAAAGUAAAAAUUCCCUUAUCAAAACAAAUGGUAUGAUUAAUGCUAGUCCAUAUAUGUUAACAAACGGUAAACGUAUGGCUAAUUCGUCGCCGACAAAAACACGAUAUUGUUAUGAAGACGGAUCACCUGCACAUCAUUAUACAAGUUUAAAAUCCAUAAAACCCAUUAUUAUUGUUGCUUCAUCGAGUUCUCAAUCAUCUUCAUCAUCUGUUGGCUCAACAGCAUGUGGGAAUACUGCAUAUAGUCGUGUAAUGAAUACAACAUGUUCAUAUACGGCUAUUGAAACCAGCGAUGAAUUAAUGCCAAUUGAAUUUGAUGAUAAUCAUGAUGAUAUUCAUAGCGGAGUUGAAUUGAUGAUGACUACUGUUUAA